UUUACUAGAUAGUGGACAAGUGGAGUCCAUCUGAUGAGAAAAACAAGCAUUGGAGAGCUUGGAUGAAGAAGAUGGAAAUGGAGGCUUCCGUCUUGGCAGCUCUUGCGGCAGUAAUCGUUGCUUUCAUCUUGUUGGUAUUGCCACACCUGAGAAAGCAGAGCUUAUCUCAAGACAAUCGGCGCCGCCAGCUGCCUCCGGGCUCCUUCGGGCUUCCCGUCGUCGGCCAGACGGUCGGCCUACUGCGCGCCCUCCGCGCCAACACCGGCGAGGCAUGGCUCCGGCGCUGGGCAUCCGACACCGCGCUCACCGCCAAGAGCUCCACCUCCUUCAACAGUAUGGUCGGCAGGCGCAACAUCCAGGAGCUGGUCGGCGACGACCACCGCCGCGUAAGGGCCAUGAUGGUCCAGUUCCUCAAGCUGGACAUCGUGAGGAGCUACGUCGCCAGCAUGGACGACGAGGUCCGGCACCACCUCCGCGCCCACUGGGACGGCCGCACGAGCAUCGCGGUGAUGCCGUCGAUGAAGUCGCUCACCUUCGACAUCAUGUGCACCGUCAUCUUCGGGCUCGGGAGAGCUGACCACGCCGCCGUGAGGCGGGAGCUCUCGGCGGAGUUCCAGCAGCUGGUGAGGGGCAUCUGGGCGAUCCCGGUGAACCUGCCUUUCACCUCCUUCGGCAAGUGCCUCGCCGCGAGCCGGCGAGGCCGGCGAACCGUCGGGGCAAUCAUCAAGGAGAAGCGCGCCAAGCUGGAGAGCGGGCAUAGCUCGCCGUCCGACGACCUCAUGACCCACAUGCUCGCGGAGGGGCUGGCCGACGAGGAGAUCAUCGACAACGUCAUGUUCAUGAUGGUAGCGGCGCACGACACCACCGCCAGCCUCCUUACCUUCAUCCUCCGGCACCUCGAUGGCAACCGGGACGCCUACGGCAGAGUCGUGGCAGAGCAACAAAAGGUCGCCAGGAGCAAGGCUCCGGGGGAAGCUCUGUCAUGGGACGACCUCGGCAAGAUGAAGUACACAUGGUCGGCGGCGAUGGAGACCCUGCGCCUGGUACCUCCCGUGUUCUCCAUGCUCAAGAGGGCGGUCGAAGACGUGGAGUUUGACGGCCACCUCAUCCCCAAGGGAUGGCAGGUGUUGGGGGCGAUGAACCUGACGCAGCAGGACCCGGCCAUCUUCCCGGAGCCAAGCAGGUUCGAGCCGGCGAGGUUCGAGAGCCCGAUACCACCCUACAGCUUCGUGGCGUUCGGCGGCGGCGCGCGCUUGUGCCCGGGCAACGAGUUCACUAGGGUGGAGACGCUGGUGGCCAUGCACUACAUCGUCACCGGGUUCAAGUGGAAGCUCGCCGACGGCUGCGACGGCAGCUUCCCCAGGUACCCGAUGCCGUCCCCGGCUCAGGGGCUCCUCAUCAACAUCGAACCAAUAGACACAACCACCACAGUUGCAGCAGGCAUCAGCAAAUGAUUUCAAACAAUUUAGUAGCCUGAUCCGAAUGAUGCAUCCACCAUUCAGCUGUAUGAUUGCAAAUGAAAUGUAGUACGAUUACAAAUACUAUUGCAA